AUGAGCGUGCAGAAUGGCUUCACAGCCAAAAUCAUCCGCUUCGUUCCCCACUUUGUGGCCCUUCGACUCAGCUGGACUCACAAUGAUCUGAAAGCCGAGGGCCUGGAAAAGUUUGUUGAAGAGUAUCUUCCGGUUAUCCGUGAAAACAAUCCUCAAGUCAAAUACUUUCUUCAACGAUCUUACACAACUUGCGAUCCAUUUGUUGUCGGAGAGUACAACUGGCUGCGCCAUCGCAAGAAGCGUGUUAACUGGAAAUCAAAGGAGCAGGUUCUAUCAAUGGUUGAAGAAAUGUCGAUUGGUGGAGACUAUAGAGAAGGUUACAAACGAGGUGUCAAUCGCCGUCUCCCUCGUGGUCAAGAACUCUGGGACACUGAGACAAUGGGUCAUGACGUGUUCCAGGUUUCAAGCAAAUGGAAAGCGGACGUUCCAGAAGAAGAUGAGAUCCCAAUCACUGCAAAGACUCAUCCCCACUUUACCUAUCGAAAAUAUUAG